UGCCUUGUCAACACGGAGGCAACAUGGCGGCCCCCGUUAGGAGCAUGAGCAGCCCUUCUGGCAUAACUUGCAAUACGACCAGUUUUCAAAAGAAAUCCCGCAGCAAACUUGUUUCUAUCCCAGGGACAAGACCCUCUGUGCAAAACGGACAACUUAUUGUAUCAACCGGUGUCACGUCUCUCGACUACGUGAUCGGUGGUGGCCUGGCUGUUGGGACUCUACUGCUUAUUGAGGAAGACCGAUAUGACAGCUACUCCCGCAUGCUGCUCAAGUACUUCCUGUCAGAAGGAGUGAUAUGUGGACAUGAACUCUUUGUGGCAUCGGCACAGGAUCACCCAGACGAGAUUCUUCAGGAACUUCCUGCUCCAAUCCUCGAUGAUGUCACUAGUCCUCAACCAGGUCAGGAACAAGCUCAGUCAUCUGACUCAGACAGUGCCGAUGACAUGAAAAUUGCCUGGCGGUACCAGAACCUUCCAAAAGUCCAGACUGCACUGGCGUCCUCUGCACGGUUCGGUCACUACUACGACGUCUCCAAGACGAUGAGCCCGGACAUGAGGCAGGCGUCCAAAUGCCACACUUUCUACCUCCCUGAGCAGCCUCCAGCUGAAUCAACACCAACAAGCUCCAUGAGUGAGGCCUACAUGGCCCUACUGAAGGCCAUCCAGAGGGUCAUCCACCAGCAGGGCUUCGAUGGCUCUGCUCCACAGUCUAAGAUGCGUAAUGUCUUGCGGCUGGGCCUCCACUCUCUGGGCUCAGCGCUUUGGGGUGACGACCUCUGCUGUAGAGAAAGCCCCGCCCACAGCCACUCCCUCACCACCUUCCUGUACGCACUCCGAGCCCUGCUGCGCUCCUCACUCUCUGUCGCCAUGGUCACCGUUCCCUCUCACCUCAUACAGAGCCGAGUGCUAAUGGGCCGUAUAACCCGACUCAGCGACACGUCCAUCGCUUUGGAAUCAUUCAGAGGCUCGGAGAAGGAGACCAACCCGCUCUACAAAGACUACCAUGGUCUCCUUCAUGUGCGUGAGGUGCCCCAUCUGAACUGUCUGGUGUGUGAGGUCCCUGAUACCAAAGACUUGGCCUUCAAGCUCAAGAGGAAGCAGUUCACCAUUGAGAGGCUGCACUUGCCUCCAGACCUGUCAGACACAGUGAGUCGUGUGAGUAAAGUGGAGCUGGCAGCGGGCUGUGGUUCCAGCGCCACUGGCAACAAGCACCUGGACUUCUAGAGCUUUCUCACCUCUCUCUCUCUCUCUCUCUCUCUCUCUCUCUCUCUCUCUCUCUCACCC